CCGUCUCUGACAGCCAAGCUCUUCAGUGGGGACCCCACGCCCAACUUCUUAGUGACGAGAGAGGGAGUAUACAGUCUUUUCCAAGAUGGCAACGACCAUAGCAAGCAGCAAUGCCGUACAGGCGACAAACAAAAAACAUCUCGGAAUCCCCGAAGCAAUAUUUGUGGAGGAUGUCGAGUCGUUUAUGAAGCAGCCGGGCAACGACACCGCAGACGCCGUACUGAGGAAACUGGAUGAACAGUACCAGAAAUACAAAUACAUGGAGCUCAACUUGGCGCAGAAGAAACAAAGGUUGAAAAGCCAGAUCCCACAGAUCAAGCAGACUCUAGAAAUCCUACGACACAUGCAGAAGAAGAAGGAAACCACAAACCCGAUGGAGACGCACUUCCUGUUGGCUGACAAUGUUUACUGCAAGGCGUUGGUCCCGGCCACUGAUAAAGUGUGCCUGUGGCUAGGGGCCAAUGUGAUGUUGGAGUAUGACAUCGACGAGGCCCAGUCUCUUCUGGAGAAGAACCUAGCGACCGCAUCGCGCAACCUGGACUCCCUGGAGGAAGACCUAGACUUCCUCAGAGACCAGUUCACCACCACCGAAGUCAAUAUGGCACGAGUCUACAACUUUGACGUUAAGAGGAGGAGCAAGGACAACCUCCUUAAAUCAGUCGAGAAGUCUUGAGAGAGGGGGACACCCUCCCCUCUUAGUAACCCGCCCCAGCAACCACCAACCUUCCCCAACAUCAUGUUCACAUCUCUAGUCUCUACAACAAGGAAGCGACCUAAAUGGCACCCUAUUCCCUAUAUAGUGCACUACUUUUGACCAGGGCCCAUAGAGCUCUGGUCAAAAGUAGUGCACUGUAUAGGGAAUAGGGUGUCAUUUGGAAUGUAGACCAAGGGUUAUUCUAUUGAUUUGUUACUUUUUAAAGUAUUUUUUCAAGUAAAAAAAGACAAAACAAAAGUUA